AUGUAUCCAUACAGGAGAUACGCGAUACAACUGGUAGUGGUUCUCUCCAUGGCCAUGAAAGUAAAUGCUGCAUCGUACCGCAGCAAGCCUCAGCCGACCUCGGUGCUCUUGGGCGGCAGCGCUACCUUAUCUUGUGGAUUCGAUGGGCUGGAGGAAAAUGAAGCGGUUCACUGGCUCGGCCCUCCAAACCUACACUACAUAUCCGAGGGAACGUCAGUAUCUGGAAAGUAUCCAAGGAUGUUUAUCACUGGUGAAGGCAACUCAGGCGACACCACGGGCGUGUAUAACCUCAACAUCAGGGAUGUCAGACUGGAAGAUGAGGGUGUUUAUCGGUGUAGCACCUUUUCACUGAAGGACCCAGAGGAUGUCAAACUCACUGUCAUAGUACCACCAGUGAGGCCUCCCAUUAUCAUGGAGAGGUUUGCAAGCCCCAGAGUGGCAGGACAAAGUCUACAGUUGACCUGCCGUUCUGAAGGAGGUCGCCCGCUGCCCUCACUGGCGUGGUACAACGGUACAACCCGGCACUCAAGAUUCGCACACGCCGCAGGAUCUGUGGAUAACGAUAUGAUAGAAUAUGACAUGUACGUGCCAUUCUUAACAAAGUGGGACAAUGGCAUAAACAUGACCUGCGUGGCCGACCAAGGUUUACCCUCAUUAGUGAUGCCACAGAGGACCUCCAUCACCAUGAACGUGCUUUAUCCUCCAUCAAUUCAAAAAACCUUUGAUGAAAAAGUCAACGUGCUUUACGACAGUGAGGAAGAGUUUUUCCUGGAAUGUAAAGCCGACGGAAAUCCGACGCCCCGUGUAAGGUGGAGACGGAAGAACACAGACCUGUACUUCAACAACCCGUUACGCUUCUCACGUCUGGACUAUCAAACAGAAGGGACGUACGAGUGCGUGGCGGACAGCUUGGCAUUUUCAGAGAGCGUGAAAGAAGCAGUGAUAGAUGUCAUUGGUAGACCAGACAUUCGUGGAGACCCCGAGACUGCACACGCCACACAGGGGAGCUCAGUCACGCUGCUAUGUGAGGUGACCUCUGAUCCGCCUCCUGAUAGCAUCAUCUGGUCCUGGCGGAACCCUGAAGGUCGGGAGAUUACACUAACGGGAGGCUCUGUGGACGGACUCACAAUCAGGGGGAAGACUACGGAUGACUACACGGAGAGUUUGAUGAUACUGGAUCACGUCAGCAGUGCGAGCUCCGGGGAUUACAUAUGCAAGGCUACAAACAUGUUUGGAUCGGACUCGAGGGAAUUUCGAGUAAUUGUGACAGGGCCACCCGUCAUCAUGAUUGCAGUUGUUACCGGUGUUCUGGUGGUAUCAAUUCUUCUGACACUGGUGGCUAUCAUCUUCAUCAUAAGGAGAAAGGAUCUUAUCUGCGGCAAGAAAGAGAAAGGAAAAGAUUGUAAAGACGGUCAGCCAAAGCAAGUGAACCUUGAACCAUCCGACAUAAACCUGGAUGUUCUGGAGGCAGCGACCAAACCCCUUCCUCCACCCAGGAUGGCCAAGGAUCCGUAUGCUAUAGGGAUAUCAUAUCCACGUAGGUGUUUAGCCGUCCCUGCGCACAGCUAUCCAACAUCUGACCGAGGGAGUCGGAGUGAAUGUAAACAUCAGUCUCCACAUAAGUACAGGCACAAAGGAUCUCGCCCUCAAGAGGAGAUUGAAAAAAUUGAGCGGGAAUAUCGAGCCCCUCGCUGGCAGCUGCUCUCUGAGAGAAAAGACGUCCAUCAGUACGACGACGCCGUCGGGGAAUUCGAGGACUACCACGGAGUUGGAAGAUACUGA